AUGCCGGAGAAACGUCUGGGAAUGUACCAAUUCACUGGUCCGAUGGAGGAAAUCACGAAUACUAUAGCAGAGGGCACAAGACUAGAUAUGUUCCACAAGGUCUCCCUGACGCUCCGACCAUGUUGCAAAUACAAGUUCGAACCAACAUUGCCUGGCUGUCUAAGGGCCUUCAAGUACCGUCCCAAAUUACAUCAUAUUCGAGGAUUUAGAACAAAUGGUGAUCAGAUGUUGGAGUACCUUUCUUUUCGUUUUGAAGUUAAGCGGAAACUACUCGUGGCUGUUGGAUAG